AGGGCGUCCUUCAGGGAUGCUCCGGCGGAUCGGAAGUAGCCCAGGUGGUCGGCGGCUUCUUUAGCGGCGCCAGCCAGGAGAGAAGCCAUGGAUGCGAGGGGAAUUGACUGGCGGCGAAGGAAAGGGUGUGGGGUGAGGGAUGCGGCGCUGUGGAAGAGAAAAGUGAGCACGAAGCAGAACAUGACAUGGUAGGCCUUGUCCGCCGCCAACCACGGAGUAGCAACCCAUUGGAAGUGGUACGUGGCGUUGGACUCUGAAAACAACCGUCCGUCGGACUCCACUCCCUUCCUUCUUCAUUCUCCAUGGAGGUCACCGCUUCGUGGGAUUCCCUCCGCCAACAGGCAAGAAAGCUCCAAGCUCAGCUGGAUGAGCAAAUGAGUUUGUACCGCAAAUUGGUGUCAGCAAACAUUUCUACAAAAUCUGAUGCUGCUGAGAGUGAUUUGGAAUCUUGGAUUGAGCGGCUACUCAAACAACUCCAACAAGUAAACUCUCAGAUGAAAGCCUGGGUGUCAUCCGGUGGGUCAGAAAUGGUUUCUCAUACUCUAACUAGACACCAAGAAAUUCUUCAAGAUCUCACCCAGGAGUUUUAUCGCCUCCAGUCUAGUCUUAGAGCUAAGCAAGAACAUGCUUCACUACUAGAUGAUUUUAGAGAGUUCGAUCGGACAAGAUUAGACCUGGAAGAGGGUGCAGGUUCUGAACAGCAAACCCUCCUAAAAGAGUAUGCAUCUAUAAGCCGAAGCACCGGACAGAUGGACACUGUUAUUUCUCAAGCACAAGCAACGCUGGGUUCACUAGUCCACCAGCGCUCAACUUUUGGUGGAAUCAAUUCAAAGCUCAGCAAUAUGAGCAGUCGCCUCCCCACGGUAAAUAACAUCCUAUCAGCAAUAAGGAGAAAAAAAUCAAGGGAUACAAUAAUUCUUUCGCUUGUCAUAUCCGUGUGCACGUUCUUGAUUUUAAUAUACUGGCUAACCAAAUAAGGUCUCAUGGGGGUGGCUAGCAAUGGGCAUGCUCGUUGUUUUUCUUUUGGGGGACUCCAUUGUAUUAAUUCAUCUGAUUUUAGGAGGUGCCUUCGGGCAUUUCCUUUUAAAGAUCAAGUUACUGAUCAAUUUUCAUUAUUUUGACAUAAAUAAAUAUAUAAUUUUCUGUUUCAAAGCUUAAUAGAAGGAAUGAUCUAUCACAAUUCAAAAAGGACCUGUCUGAAGGGGCUUGAUUUUAAGGUUACAGAUUCAAAAGAAUCUCAACUCUCAAGUAACAACAAAGCAGAAGCAGUUGAAGAAGCAAUCUCACGUAAUGACUCAGGGUCAGCAUACUCGACUUGAUUUGGGAUAGAGAUGUAAAUGCCUGCAAAUUUGCUAGGACAACUCCACGUUUGUUUUAGGCAUAUUCACACUCACAAUCUGCAUGGCAUGUGCGUGUACCACAUUACACAAAUUACUGAAUUAGCGUACCUUAAUCAGUUAAUCCUCGACUCCAUCGCCCGAUCCACCAGAGGAAGUGGAACAUUAAAUAAUUUCGAAGUACACAUAAUGUAAUAUCUAGAGAAGGAAUGAAGAAUAUUCCAAACUUGAAAAGUGAUAGUCAGAUAUAUGGAUCUCUUAAUUUUUUUUUGAAUUGUUUUUACUGUGAUUUUUU